AUGGAUAAUAAUCUAAUUACCUGUUGUUGUGGUAAACAGUGCAAAAGUAGAAAGAACCUGAGAAUGCACCAACCGAGCGACUCCAUCGACGUCAUCAUCAACAAAUAUCGCCACGGCAAAGAUACCACAACCAUCAUCUUCGCCUCACCAACGGGCAUCUCCAUCAUCGACCUCGUCAACAGAUACGUCAUGAAAGAAACUCCACUUCCGAGGAUAAAGUUAUCAAAAACAUCAAUUCAAUGGUCUGAGGCCAAUGCAUACUUCCAUUCUCAAAGAUCAGCUCUACAAAACAUCGCCGACAUUGAUAACUUCACCACCAGUUUUCAGUCAUGA